AUGUCACCGACCUUCACCAGAUCCCGAUCAGACGAUUGGCGAGCAGCAUGUUUCAUUGACGGGCAUCGUCUCAGUGGAAGUUACUGGAACCCUGACGCAAAGGAGCAUCGUAUCGACUCGAUGUUAAUGAAGAAGGGUACGGAGUUUCUGAAAUGUAAAAUGCGCUUUGGUUGCAUUGAGCAUAUCGCAGAGAGAACAUUGGUUCCAGCCGGGGAGAAAGAAGGCGAUAAUCAUCUGGGGAGAAUCGAUAUCGUAUUGUCUAGAGGGUUGUGGAUACCCUUGGGAGAUGCGACGGCAGAUAGAGCGGAGCAGGUCGAGACAGUAGCGAAGUUGGUGGAAGGGGAGAAUGAGGACCCAGACGCCAGCGAUCCCAUCACGAGUCAACGAAAGAUCACUAGACCAAUGAUGUUCGCUGAGAAGGCAGAUGAACCUUGCUUUUACUCUUUCCACUUCAUACUUCAAACGAGAGAAACGCUGGUUGAAUACGGUCUGAUACCCAAUCAUAUCCCUCCACCACCUCCCAAUCCAGCCUUUCCGCUCCCUAAUAUAUCUAGCCGACGAAAACGAAGAAGAGACGCCGACGAUGUUGAUAGUGAGGAAGAAGGUGAUAUACUGCAUCAAUUGGAUAUACUGAAAGCGAGACUGAAGCGUAGCGAGGACAUGAACAAGCGAUUGAUCGCCCAGAACCGAAAGCUGCGACACGAGGUCGCAGAAACGAAUCACAAGAUGAACAUACUGAAGUCUCUCAGAGAACGAGAUGAUACGAGAACAGUUGUAUGA